AUGAGCUCGGGGGUACAUCGAAAGCGCCUAGCCUGUGUUGAAUGUACACGUCGCAAGGUCAAAUGCGACAAGAUAUUGCCAUGUCGAAACUGCGCCAGAAAAGGCACUUCGUGUACUCGACCGCGAGAUCGGAGUUCUCCGGUUUCAAGUAUCGAACAGACUGGUAGACUUGAGGAACCAUUUACCAGCCUGACUGCUGGAGCACUUGAUAUCAUCCAAAGACUUGAAUCGCAAGUCAAGCAACUGGAAGCAGCUCUAGAAGAAUCCAGGGGCAGAGAAACUCAGCAGCCGACGCCAACAGUCAGGUCGACUUCUACACCUAGAUUACCAACGAUAUGUUCACCUGCAGCAGUGGAAACCUCAAAACUGGAUCCGGAAGAUUCAACAGGAGAGGUGGAAGACGCAGCGACAAUUCUUGAAUUUCUAGCAUGGGGGCGUCGCAAAGAUCCAACUUAUCAUGAUGCGAUCAUUCAAAACAGCAAGGCAGCUCACUCGCCCGGAGACGUGACAGUUGAAGAUGAAGUCGACUACACACGAUCACCUGGAUAUAUGCCUUCAUCGGUAUACCAGAUGCUACUACCAACCCAGCCAAAGGUUCUCCAACUGGUCACAUAUCAUAUGAACUGUCUCCUCUGGUACCAUGGUGCAUUACACGCCACAACAUUUAUGCAAGAGCUGAACGAAUUCUACGACGAGCAUCAUGGUCAAAUUGAUGCCCAGGGGGUAAACUUACAGUGGAUAGCUCUAUUAUUCGCCAUACUCACCGGUUCAAUGACUUGCGCGCCUCGUAGCGUCGCGCAAGGCUGGGGAUUCCACAGCGAAGAGCAAGAGACCCUAUCAAAGCGCUGGCUCAAAGCCACAACAACGUGCCUCCAACAGGCAGAAUAUAUGGCGUAUCAUUCUAUCUACUCCGUGCAGGCGGUUGCUACUCUCACAAUAUCAGCACAUAUGCUUGGAUACUCAAACGGACUAUCAGUCUUACUCGCCUCCGCCGUCCGCAUCGCCCAAGGUCUCGGUCUCCAUCAAUUGGGAGAAGAAGACGAGACAAACCAAAUAACUGAAGGUGUGGUAACUCGAGAACUGGGUCGACGAGUCUGGUGUCAACUCUGCAUCCAAGAUUGGUUCUCAAUCCCCUUCACAGAAAGCUAUCUCCUUCAUCAAGGGUUCACAACCUCCAAACCCCUAAAUAGCGACGACGACAUGACCAUCCUCCCAGAACACACUCCAACAGCAACCAGCUAUUCGCGUCUCUUCUACGACAUCGCCGCCCUAAUGCCGAAUCUGCAAGACGCCAUCGCGGCCUCUAAUACCCCUUACACGAAAUACGAACAAGUUCUUAAAUAUGAUCGCAAAAUGCGUACCCUCGCCACAAAGCAUCUCCCGUACUAUCUCCAGAAUGUUCCUCUGGAUCCGAGCUGGCCAUGCUAUGUCCCGUGGGCCCGACGCAGCCUGGCCAUUAGUUCAGCCCACAAGGUUAUUAUGAUCCAUCGCAAAUUCCUUAGUGCCAGCUUUUCCAAUCCCAUGUUUGAAUUUACGCGGAAGACUUGCGUUGCGGCUUCGAGGACGAUCAUCAAGGAGCAGAUGGAGGCUGUUCGGGACGGGGGACCUGUGCUUUGGAUACAUCAGGCUUUUAGUGUCACGGCGAGUAUCAUCCUAUGUCUAGAUCUGUUCCAUCAAACCGGUCCAGAGCGCGAGUCGUCGGAGCAUAGACGGCUUAUUGAUGGCGGCAUUGAAAUAUUGUCUCAGUGCCAGUCGGAUAUGAUCGCCAAAAGGGGUGUUUCGUUGUUAAAGGCGAUGCUUGCUGAUGAGCAGGGCAAGACGUCUGAACGAAGGCUGAUCUCGGGAAUGCAUGGACGAAGAGAUACUUGCAACGACAUGCCUGUCACUCAACGAUCUAAGUAUUUGAGUAUCCCGGCUAUCAUUCGCAACUUCUAUCAACAAGAUCAUGCUCCGCUGAUUCAGAAAUCACGGCGUACCUCUGAGACAUCUGAUGUUGGACGCUGGCCUGAGUUGAUAAGGGAUGAACCUGUCGCUACGCCUGGCGUUGACUUCUUGGCAUCCCUUGGGUUGGAAUGUGUCGGGGGGUUAGAUGAGAUAUUGAACAUGGCAGCGGACUACAUGAAUUAA